UGAGGUAAAAUGUGGCGAGUCUCAAUUGACGAUUUUGUCCUUAUCGUGUUUAUCCUUUCAUCCAACAUUUCUCUCGGAGAAUUUUUCUUUUCUUUUUUCCAAAUUCUAAGGUCAAAUUGCUUGCGACACGGAGAAUAUUUUUCUCGGCGGCUGCGAUGUCGACGAUUUCAAUCCAUCGGACAGAGCUGCUUAGAAUCACGCACAAUCGCUCGCGAAUUUCUCGGCAGCGAUAUAGGAGAACUAUUCCUCCAUGGCGAAUGAUGAUCAAUUCGAGAUCUUCUGAUACGACUAAGAAGGAUGAACUCUCUGUUAAGAUUCCUCAAGUUGAUCAAUUAAGGUCUGAGGGUUUGAGAUUCGACCGUUUGCAGCCUCCCGAGCAUGAGCUUUUCCAGCAAGAUCGAUUGGAUUUUGGUAAAUUCGUAGCACGAGAAGCCAUUCUUGAUGAAGAAUACUGGUUUGUGAUUAGACAGCAGCGUGGCUACGUGCAGAGAGUCACUGGGAAGAUCGUGCCAAUGAAAGGUAUGUUGACAACUUCAAAAGGAAAUUUGCAGAGCAGGUUAUUGAUUUUUUUUUCUUUCUCUCUCUUUUUCCUUAACUGGGAGGAGCGUUUCUUCAAUCGAUUACUUUUUCAGGAGUUCAAUGCAAUAAAAAGAAGAUGUAAAGGGCUCCAAGGCCAGAAAUGUUCCUGUAUCGUUGCGGUAAAGAAGGAAGAGAAGCACAUUAAACGUUCUGUUAUCAAAAGUGUGGUUGGGACGCUUGAUUUGAACAUUCGUUUUUUCUUGCAAGGAGAGACCUUUCCUGGGGAAAAGGUGAAGUCUCAAUUGUUCUGCACCAUAAACCGAGAAGGAUCAAAUAGGUAUGGUUAUAUUGCUAAUCUAUGUGUUGCCAAAUCAGCACGCCGCCAGGGUAUUGCUUGCAACAUGUUGCGUUUCGCUGUCGAAUCAGCCAGAUCGAAUGGAGUUGAGCAAGUAUAUGUUCAUGUACAUAGAAACAAUUUAGUUGCUCAGGAACUAUACCAGAAGACUGGUUUCGAGGUCGUUGAAAUGGGAGAGUCUGAAUCAUCAGAUGAUACAUUCUUGCUCCAGUACACAAGAUAACUCAGAAGAAACGAUGUGUGUUGUCUCUCUUCCCUUUCUUUACUUUUUGUUUUGAGAAUGGGAGAAUAGAACCAAAACGCAGAAAAGUGAUUGUUAAUACGGUUCUAUAUCAUGUAAUGUCUAAUGUGGAAUGUGUGUGAUAACUCAAAGUUUCAUGUACGAUUGUUGUAGAUAAAUUUACAUUAAGCUUUGGAUUGAAACCACAAACAUCUAGAAAUGCUUUAUACU